AUGACCGAUGUCGCGCUACAGCAAGUGCGACGUCAGGUGUGCGAGGCACAGGAGCAAUGGAGACGCGCGUCUACGGACGAUGUCGAGGCGAAGAUGCCUUUUGUGACGCUUUCGUAUGCACAGAGCAUCGACGGAUCGCUGGCAGUAGAGAGAGGUAAACCGACAUUGCUGAGUGGACGUGCAUCGCUGAAGAUGACACACAUGCUUCGGACGCUCCAUGACGGUAUAUUGGUCGGCGUGGGGACGGUCGUUGCAGAUAACCCGUCACUGAACGCGCGGUUAGCGGAAGGUCGCAACCCGCAACCGAUCAUCAUCGAUACGCACCUGCGCUGCCCGACAACCAUCAAGCUGUUCACGUCGCCGACGUGCGAAAGACCGGUGAUCAUCUAUGGCCGCGGGUCGUCAGAUCCAGAGAUAUUGGACCGAAGGCGAGCGCUGGAGACGCUCGGAGCUACAGUUGUUGAAAGCGAGACCGCACUUGGAACUGACGGUCGCGACCACGUCGAUCUUCGUUGUGCAUUUCGCAUCGCAAGACAGAACGGCAUCUGCAGCAUCAUGGUCGAAGGCGGCUCGGCCAUCCUGACGUCGUGUCUCGAAAGCGUUGCACCGCGACAGCUCAUUGACAUCGUCGUUGUCACGAUUGCGCCCAUCUUUAUUGGGGGGUUGCGCGCCGUGCACAAGUUGCUCACACCUGCUGGACCGACAUCGACUGCAGCCGGACCGACGUUUCCUCGGCUGCUCCACCCCCGCUUUCACGUUCUGGAUGAAGACGUGGUCGUCGUGGGCCAUCUCGAUGGUUACUGA